AUGUUAGCUCAUCUAUUACCUCCGAAUCACCCGUAUGGCAAAGUAAGUUUUCUAUUAUUGUCUUUGGUUUUUAGAGUGUUGUUGAAGAACCAUCGUUAAUAUAGUUGAAAGGAUGAGGUUAAUAUAGUUGAAUAGAAGAAAACGUGGUUUAUAUAGCUAAACCACUUUCUUCUUGGUUUUUGUUAACUAAAACACAUUGUUCUUUACUUUUUUUAACUAAAGAAACAAUAUUUUUGAAGUGAUAUACUUAAAACACUUUAUGUAAGGUCUUUUAUAGCUAAAAAAGAGUAUUUUCAGCCUGUUAUAUCUUUUAAAAUAAACCAUUCUUGAUUGUUUGUACCUAAACUGCAUUGUGUCUGACUUUGUAACAGAAGACAAAGUCUUUUCUUACUUAUUUUCUACGUAAAAUACAUGAAGAAUUACGUUCUUAACCAUUUCAGAAAAAGCCCUGCCAAAAAGUGGAUCAGCAAACACGGAACGAUGUUGUAGAGAACUGUCGUGUAUACCUGCAAGCUCGUGAAGCGAAACAAAACCCAAAUCUUGAUGGACAUUUCUCUCCAGCCUUUGAAACACCGUCUACUAGCUCCGAUUUCUCAACCUUAAUAUCGGAUUCGUUUUUGGGGAAAGACAAAGAAAUUGAGGAAGUUGUGGAAGAACCAGUUGUAGAAAAGAUGGUUGUUGAAGAGAAGAUGAAGCGGAUGCCGAAGGUGGAGAAGAGUUGUAACAAUAACACGGAUCCCAACGCUCUACAGACGAUGUUGAACAUGUUUUUGAAUAAAUGUAGUGAUGGGGCUAUGGAUAAAGGAAAGAAUUUGUUACUUUUGGUAGGUUAAGGUUCACAUUUUAUUUAUUUUAAAUUUAAAAGCCUAAAAUUUCAUUUUUAUGCUUAAAAUUUUAGUUUUAACCUUUGAAACCCCAUUUUUUUGCCUAAAAUUUCAGUUUUAAGCCUAAAGUUUUAUGUUAUAGCCUAAAAGUUUCUUAUUUUUGUUUUUCAGGGCAUAGCCAGUGGCGAAAUACCCCUCACCACACUGGACAGUGAAUACUUCAAAGCCUUUCUUCAAACCUUGUUCAAGGACUCACCUUUGCCUUCAAAAUCCGAACUUUUGUCAUCAGAAUUCAUCGAAUCCGAAUAUUUGUCAAAGUUUGAUGACAUCAAAUCACUCAUCGAUCAAGAAACACAUCUUCACCUAUCAUUGGACAAUUGGAUCGACAAAAAUGGUACUGAAGUCUACGGCAUUCUGGUUCACACAACAGCACCCUACUUAUAUCGAGUUGUGGCGGCUGAAGAUGAUUUGGAGAAUAUUGUGAUAGAAGAGAUUAAAAGCGUGAUUCAGGAAUUGGGUGAAGACAGAGUUGUGUCGUUUGUCAAUGAAAACAAAGCGAUCAACAAUGAAAAGAUUGUCAGAUCUUAUCCAUGGGUGCUGUCACCGCCAGUUUUGUUGUUUGACAGCUUGGAAAUGGAAGGGAUUUCACAGGUGAGAGAUUAGUUUGAGCUUAGAAUCAGAGUAAAUUUUAUCUUUGGCUUACAGUAUGUACGAUUUUUGGUAGGGUAGGUAAUGAAUUUUCUAUUUAUGAUUUUGGGUUUAAAAUUUUUAACUCAUGUUUUAAUUAGGCUUAAAAUUUGGAUCUUAGACUACUCUUAAUUUUAACAUUCCAGAACCUCCAAAGCUGUUUCCAAGUACCUUCCGAGCUAGUACAAGCCGACGCCAUCGUCCAACUCCUCGACCCAACCAACAUCACGGUCAAUACCGGUAUGCACGAGGAUGUGUUUGACUUUAUCAGCGAAAAGUUCGCCGAUCACCCAAAAAUAGACAUACCACACACACUAAAGCAUCUGAGGUAUUGGAUCACAAAGACAGACAUCUAUGAGAACCACAACAACAAACAACAUUACGAUGCGUGGAGGCCGCGCACGUUUCAAGGCAAAUUCAACGUGAAAAGUUGGUGGAAAAAGUACUAUGAAACUUCGCCGCUUUGUGAAUUAUACUUCAUGUUGGCUGACAUACCUUCAAAGUCGGUGACAGAAGAAAGAAACUUUGACAUAGAAAGUUAUGUCGCCAAUACAAUGGAGGAACGGUGAGUUAUUUUUUGAUUUUUAAAGUUGGGUUUUGGAAGUUGAAAUCUAUAUAAUUUUUUUUAGACUUUUUAAACCUAAAAUUUGUUUUUAAAUUUAAAAUUAUCUUUAAAUGAUGUUUUAGGCUUAAAAAGUACUUGAGCAUGCAAUUUUAUCUUUAAGCCUAAAAUUUAUUUCUAGGCUUAAAAUUUCAUUUUUAAUCUAAAAUUAAUUUUUAAGCCUAAAAUUUGUUUUGAACUCAAUUUAUACAGUUUAUCAUUUUUAGGGUAACGACAAACAUGAAGAUAUUUCUCAAAUACAAUCAUAUGCUUACAUUCCACAGACAAACAGCUCGCAAACCUAUUUGA